AUGGUGUCUUUCGUCUUGUACUGGGGACACUUGAAUACGGCCGGCCAGGAUAGCCUCAAGUUGUUCAUCAACGAUGACACAACACCUUUCGCUGCGGUGAAGCAUAGCCGCUUUGUCGUCAAGAUACCCGUGGAGGUUCCCGACGACUGCACAGUUCGCUUCGAGGGCAAGCUGUGGUAUCGACAGACCCACCUUCCCGACGCCCCCAAAAAGCAAAUUGCGUUCAAAGCGUCUCAUGUCGCCGCCAGCCUUGCAAACAAAGAAGUCGGCCUGAUCCCUGGAAACACCAUUGGCGAGUUUGAAGUGUUCACUUUCGAGCGGCAGACCACCGCAUUGCCCGAGCAGUUCCAGCAGAAGCAAGGCUUUCGACGCGUGGAGGUCUACGCCUUUCAUGGCGGCACCACGGUGUCCUACAAGGAUGACCAGGGCGAACACCAGCAGCCUUUGCCAAAGCAUUCGAUAACUCAGCUGUGGCUUCCUGCCACCUUCGUCUGCGAGGUGUACGGGAAGAUGAAGACCCAAUUCCCGGAUAUGGAGUUUCAUCAGAAACAGUUCAUGGCCUUCGAUCUGGGCCAGCCGGAUGACGUUGUCGCAGUGGAAGUGGACCUGGCUCGUGCUGCGCCACCCGCGCCUCAGGCGGCCCCUGAAGGGGAUCCUUCACCUGAGAUGAGUUCGCCGUCCGGACCACGAAUUGAGGAAGAAAGCCGAAAUGAAACCUGUGAUGGCUGUAGCAUACUGUGA